CUCCUCACUGCUCCAGCCAGCUUCUGUCUCUUAUAAACACUAGCCCCACCCCAUUCAUUAUCCACUUCACUCCAACCCAACAGCUAUCGCACUAUCCCACUGCAGACGCCCUCCCACGAACCCUUUCUCUUCUGAUCCCCAUCCCAACUCCUGCCGCUUCGACUUCCCCAAGCCGUCCUUCUCGUCGCCGCUGUCCAACGGGAGUAGCGCCAUGGCAGCCCCCGGGAACUUCUCCGACGAGGAGGUGCGCCUCGCGUCCCACCACCCAAAGAAGCGCGCCGGGAGGAAGAAGUUCCGGGAGACGCGCCACCCCGUGUACCGGGGAGUGCGGCUGCGUGACUCGGGCAAGUGGGUCUGCGAGGUCCGCGAGCCCAGAAAGAAGUCGAGGAUCUGGCUCGGCACCUUCCCUACUGUGGAGAUGGCGGCGAGGGCGCACGAUGUGGCAGCGCUCGCGCUGAGGGGCCGGUCUGCCUGCCUCAACUUCGCAGACUCCGCGUGGCGGCUGCCCGUGCCAGCGUCGGCAGACACCAAGGACAUACAGAAGGCGGCGGCCAAGGCCGCGGAGGCAUUCCAGCCAGUGGAGUCCGAGUCCGAGGACGUGAUGUCGGGGGACGAGAAGAAGUCGCCUUCGGAGGAGGGAAUGCUGUACGACGACGAGGACGUCUUCGGGAUGCCGGGGUUGCUCAUGAAUAUGGCGGAGGGGAUGCUCUUGCCUCCACCACGAUGCGGCGGAGAUGGGUACGGCGGAGAGGACGACGGGAAUCUGGAUGCAUACGUGUCGUUAUGGAGCUAUUCCAUGUAGUCAUUUCUCAAGUUCAGUUAUACUUUUUGUGGUUAGGGACGACUGGGAUGCCGUACUAAAAUAUUUUUUGAUGGAGUGCGGAUGAAAGGCGAAGGUGGGUACGAAAGCAGAAGGUAUUUUCGGAAGCCAAUUCUCCAAUUUUUGGGGCAUGCCGUUAGAUAGAUAAUAGAGACUGCACGGCUCUUCUGAUGUUGGGCCUCUGAUGGAAGAAUAAAAGUAGGCCAUGUUCACGGCAGCAUCGGGCAUUGCAUAUAGUUGAUAAAGAGACUGCCCGAGUCAUCAUGAUCUUCGAAUGUAAUCGUGUACCAUGUACAAGGCAAAGAGUGUGCUCUUGUAAUUCUUAUGGUUUGUUUGGGUUCAAAUGCCUUUUGCUCUGGCCCAUUAAGACGAUAAAUUGAACAUCCCUAUUGUAAAGCUCUUAA